AAUGAGGUUCACCCAGGCAGGUACGGUAGUGGCCCCGCUUCCAUACCCCAAGUCCCUGGUAGGAGCCAGCAUGUCUCCCAACAGUCCUAGGUGUGGCUUCCAACGCCCCUGCUGGGGACAGGCUUGCUUCCAAGGGCCUUUCUGCUCAGGGAGCCACAGGGCCUCAGUCGACACCAGGCACUCACACGGCAGCCACAGCUGCUGUGCCUGGGAGGUGCGUCCUGCAGGGUUCCUGCCACUGCUGCUGCUGGCAAUGCACAUGUGGUUCCCCAGGAACCCAAGGUCACCUUCUCAAGUAGGGAGGUGAAGGUGGUUCAGCCCUUCCCACACCCUUCCCACAGACCCACUAGGAGGACUGAGUAGAGGGCCACAGAAGGUUUCUGGUACAGAGAUGCCCCCAGGAGCAGCCUGCACACGGGGGCUGCCAUCUCUCACUCAAUCCUCUGUGGGCCAAAGGCAGCUGGGGAGGAGUAGGGGCAGAGGAGUGGAAGGCUGGGGACCGGGUUCUGCCACCACCAACCUGGCAGCCUCUGGAGGCCAAGGAGCCAAGGCCAGGCCAGCAGACUGGCUGUGCAGGGACAAGCCCUGCUGGUUUGCCCAGGAGGUCAGUCCCCCAUGGCUGCGAGGUCUUUCUCAUUGGGUCUCACUUCACUCUGGGUCUCUGGCUGGUCACAGAGACCAGCUCCAGUGACAUGCUGAACUGGACUCAGGUGAAACCGGACAAGUGCUUUGAGAGCUGACGCGUUUACAGUUAGCUUGCACUAAAGGUCCAGGAUGCCAUCCAGCCUGCACACAGCACUGGGCCAGGAGGGAGAGAGAAAUGUGCGUUCAGGGGCCUGCGGCUUGCCCUGGCUCUCUGCACACCCACGUCAGCCCUGGAGUCACUGUCCCUGUCAGCAGAUUUCCCUCCCCGCUCUCCACCCCCCUGCCCACCAGGAGUUGGGGGUUGCAGCCCCUGCUUUUCCCUCCCUCCCUAACUAAUCCCACGACCCGGGUGGCACUGUUGAACCAUGGCCUGUUCGAUUUGCAUUUUCUCACACUUAACCAGGACCUGCUAGGGGCAACCAGUGUGGAUCCUCGUCCUCCCUCGGGUGGUCUGAACUCUUCGGUAGGCCCCAAGCUCUGCCCCCGGAGUCUGUCCCCUCCUCCCCUGGCUGCCAGUCUUGGUCUCAGGAAUGGAAGAAUGAAUUCAUGGACCACAGGCAAGCAAUAGUUGAUAGUGAUAGAACAAUAGUUGAUUAGAGGAUGGAAAAGCUUCCAACACAGUGGAAGGGGUCCUGGGGGCAGGUCAGCUGUUUGGAGCUUUUAUACCUCAUCUGCGGCCCAAACCUUGCUGGAAAACACUGAUUGGGUCCUUCAAACCUAGCUGGCUUACAUUGAUUGGUCUCUUUAAACCUUAACUGACUGGCCUCUGUUGAUUGGCCCUCUCUUUGGGCCAGCGAGCUUUUUGCGUCCGAUCCCCUACAGGGAGCCCCCUUCCCCACAGCACAUUCUGCCCAGCAACAGCCAGUGACCAAUGGCUGCACUGGUCAUCCUAGGGAAGUCCCUACCACUUGUCCUGCUACCUUGCCAGUAGCUGCUUUUAAAGCCUUCUGGCUUCUAUCAGUUCCAGCCGAGGUUAGGACUCUAGUGUCCUUCCUGUGUCCAUUUCAGACUUGGGGAACCUAACCAAGGCUUCAGGGGGGCAGGGACCAUCCUCACAGCCACCUGCAGGCAUUGAUAAGGCCACUUUCCUUUUCUGCCUUCCCAAUUCCAUCUUCCCCACACCCAUCCCCCAUCUCCCUCACCCAGAAAGAGCUCGAUGACACUUCUCUAGGGGAGGCGCCACCAUGCCCUGCCCUUAGGGGAGGAGGGAGGAUGCACCCUUCCUCAGGGGUGCUCCCCCAGGAAGAGGUUAGAAUUCCUGCUAACGCCUCCGGAGGCCUCAGGAUGAUUUUCAGUCGGUCACUCUGCUGCUUUCACUGUCAAUCAAUCCUCAGAACACAGUGCCAGGCCCUGGGAGCCCAGUGGAGGCUCCACAUUGGGAGGGGCACUGCUGUCAUUUUGCAAGGGGCUGUCACUUGCCUGGGAUCACACGGCAAGUAAUGACCUCACUAGGCAGCUGACCACAGGGUCUGGGGGCUGCACAGCAUUGCCUCUGCCCACCACCCAACAACCCCUUGCCACACUGUGUGUUGCACACCUGUUGAGGGCUCUGCCCAGAUCCACUUGCUUAUUCCUCAGCAGCUCUUGACUUAGGAACGAUUUUUACUACCCCACUUUUUUUAAUGAGACCUUAAGUAUUAUUUGUCCAGGAUCACACCCAAGGAGAGAUGGAGAUAGGACUUGAACCCAGGCUGUGUGCUGGGAUCCCAUGCCUGGGAUCUGAGUUGCUCCACGGCCCCUCCAACCAGCAUGUACCCCUUGCUACCUCCAACUGUCCCUGCUCCGGGUCCACUGCAACCCCUCAUGACCAUCUAGAUAUUGGCCACGCCGAGGAAAUAGGGUUAAAGACAGAAGCUUGUCCAGCUCAGAAAACCUCUCUACAAAGGAUAUUUUCUCCAACUAUGUGAAGGCACAACCACCACCUCGAAUCUGCAGGAAGUCAGUGUUGCAAAUUCACUUAACUUUUUAAAGUCUUGCUCUAUAAAAAAUUUAAAGAAUGGAGCCAACAGCUAAGGGAAGAACUGAAAAAAGCUUCAGUUAUGUCAUCAGAGCCCCCAGCAGUGAUGGGUUUGACAUAAUGAAUGUUGAUGUGAAGAUUGACACGUCCUGGGUGUUCCAGGAUGUGGAAGAUAGUGAGGAUCAGGGAUGUCUUCUGGAAGAAGCAGCCAGCAGCCCCGCUGUGGACACAGGGACACUCAGGAAGCAGCUGGAAUCCUCUGAGCAGAAGCUGUUGGCAGCUGCGGACAAGUAUGUGACAUCAGAAUCCGGGCUGAGGAACAGAAUCCAGGAGCUGGAGCUGUCAGAGAAGAAGCUCCGCGGGAAGGUGGACCAGCUGAGUGCCCGCGCGGCCCAGGAAAGAAGCGCCUGGCUCCGAGCCCAGGAGAAGCUGGCGGUGCUGCAGGGGGAGCUGGCCAGCCAGGUUCGGGAACAGGAGACUGCAGCCCUGCGGCGCCUGCGGGAGCGGCUGCGGAGCAAGGACGAGGCGCUGGGGCGGCAGACGGCGGCCUUGGAGCGCUGCAGGUGGGCCCAGCGCCGUGAGCUGGGCCUGGUGUGCGAGCAAGAGCGCGUCCUGCGGGCGCAGGUGCAGCGGCUGGAACGCGACGUGCGGCGCCUGUGUUGCGCUGUGGGCCUCUUGCUGGCCGGGCUGGACACCUCGGACCCCAGCCCUCAGGGAGCCUCUAAGGCUGCAGCAGAACUGCGCGUCCUGCAGGAGAGGGCCGAGCGGGAUCGGAAGGAGGCGGCGCGCCGACUGCAGGAGCAGAGGGCCACGGAGAGAUGGCUCCGUGCGCAGCUAGAGGAGCUGCGCUGCUGCAUAUACGGACUGACGCUGUCGGAGAUAGGCCUGCUGGAGCAGGUGGAGGACCUCGCCGUGCAGAACCACAGCCUGCGACAGAAGCUGGGGCUCCAGGCACCUCCUGGUCACUGCAGCCUGGACACCUGGGGCUGUGUUCAGGGUGACUCACUGCGCGUGCUCAGGGAGGAUGUGCUAGAUGCCUGCAGAAGCCAAGGCUGCCUCCGGUCUGAGGAUGCCCCUGGGCCUUGGGCCUCGGCAGGACAGCCCCGGGAGGGGCCCCGCACCUGGGGCUGUGUUGAGGCUGGACGAGACUCUUCUGUUUUGAUGCCCAGGCUGGAGAACACGGGCAAACUCCCAAGAGACCUGAGAGGGUCUGACCAGGAACCGCUUCCUCUGGCUGAGCCCAGCUCAGAUAGACAGAUUCUUGUCCUCAUCUGUGGCUGCCCCCCAGGGCAGUGCUUGGACGGAUCACUCCUCCCUGUGGACCUGGCCAGGAUUUCAGCGACUUCGGCAGCUGAACCUGCCCCAGACUCCUUUCUUCUGGUGCGGACAUCCACACUCCCUCUCUGGGGGCUGGACAGGGACUCUGCUCUCCAGCUGCCACUGCUGCUCCAGGGGGCUCUCCCAGAAGAACUCCAAACCCAAGAGGUGUCAGACACCAGGCCCCUGCGUGUUGCUAGAGCCACAGGGCACCCCGGCUGGGGCAGUCGCCAAGCAAGGCGCUACCCCUCCCUCUGCCAAGAGGCCCCCCAUGUUGUGAAUCACCGAUUUCCCAGGACAGGGCCGGAGGAUCUAAAAGACAAUGGGCGUGAAGGAGGAAGGGCCCUAGGAGGGAGGAGGGAGGCGGAAGAGGCACAGGGGACCUUGGGCAAGAAGGAGGAAGCCCUCAGAGAAAACUGCCAGCCGAGCCAGGGGUGCCAUGCGCACCCGAAUUUGGAGAAUGGGGUUCAUGCUGCAGGGGCUGUGCAGGACCAGGCUAUCGUCAGCUGUCCCAGGCUCCUGCAGGAGUUUCCGAUGCUCCUCCUCCAGGGGGUGGCCUCUGUGUCAAAGGAGGCUCCCGAAAGCCUGAGCAGGAAAGGAAGGGUGGAAGGAUGUGUCUGGGGCCUCCCGGGGGAGCUGCCAUCAGAGCAAGAAGUGACACCUCCAGGCCCCUUCUCCAGGGCUCAUGGGACCGAAGAAUCAUGGCCAGCAGGUGGUCACCUCCUGGAAGGGAAGAGCAGAGGGAAGGGCGGGGAGGAGAGCCAGUCGCGGUUCAGAGAGGCUCUGCUUCUGCAAGAAGGGAGUCACGAGGAUGGAGACCAGGAGAAGGAAGGGGGGGAGUCACUUUAUCAGGAAGCAUCCAGUCUCGGUCACAGGGAUGUCCCUGAGGAGCCUGACUCUGAGGCACAUGAGGGCAAGGAGAUGCUUUUCUUCCUGGGAGAGAGAGGCUUGCUGCACAGGGCAGCCUUACCAGGUGGCAGGGAUGAACCCACCAGUAGCCCCUGGGCUCUGAGCAAAGGCCGUGACAGGUAUACUCCCAGAAUAGAUGAAUUUGCAGAGGAGAUGGAGGCUUGUUUCCAGCAACUCUCCAUCCUGAGGCCUGGUGGGGGGGGGCAUUGGCAGGAAGCCUCUGCACUGGCCGGAGACAACUGGACAUUUGCUCAGAAGUGGCCCAGCUCUGAGGAGAGCACUUGCUCUCAACAGGUUUGGGGAAGCCAGGGCUUGGGCAUUUGCCCUGUCCAGAAAACAAAGGCCAAAGAGAGUGGUGAAGGUGUUAAACUGGGAAAGAACACAGCCCUGGGUGCCUACAAUGUCCUUCAGGGGACUGAUGGGGGCGAGGCCAUCCUGGGCCCUCCAGAGGGGCCCACCGAGCCACUGAGGGAGCUGGAGGGAGUGAGGAGCAAGUUCCAUCAGCUCAUUUCUGGACUGAAGAGGGAGAGGGGGAAGGCUUUACGUGACAAUGCCAAACUUCAGGGAGACCGGGAGAGAUACCGCAAAAAGGUGUAUGCCCUUGAAAAAGAGAGAGAGAGAGACAUGACAACCAUCUCCAGGCUCCAGCGGGAUAACGAGAUGCUGGUAAGACACGUCUCUCCCUUAAAGGAGGAGCUGGACCAGUAUUUGCAGGUCAUCUCUCUCCUUGAGGACUGCAACAGGAAGAGUUAUAGCAAAAUUUCCGGACUUGAGGAGGAAAAUGAAAGACUAAAAGAGAAUUUGAGCCAACUCCAGAAGGCCACAGCUGAGAGUCUGAGAAGCUGCAGAGGUGCAAUGGAGCGGGUUUCCCUGGAGAACUGGGAGCUCAAGGCGCUUACUUCGGAGCUUGGGGUCAGUUAUAAAGAGCUGAUAAGGGAGGUAGUGCUGGGAAUGGAAGACAUCAUCCGAGCCUUCAGGGGGGAGAAUGAGCAGCUUCUGGGCAGGGUUCAUGUCCUGGAGAGGAAGGUUGCCUUGCAAAGGAGCACAGACGUGGGAGGAAGGGGGCACCUUCCGGAAGAAACUGAGGUACUUACAGUAGACAAAGAGGUUCAGGUGACUCAGCUCUCAGGGCCCUGCUUGGAGGAGGAAAGGGGUCAGACUGCAGGGCAGACAGGACCUUCCUUAGACAUGGAGCAUUCCAGAUGCAACGCUGCUUCUCCUCCAUCGCUGCUCUGGAGAAAUGCCGGAAUAUCCAGUGCUCUGCAAGGACGCAUCAGUGGUGUGGGAGCGAAAGGAGCUCAUUUGGAAAAAGAGAAAAGGCCCCGGUGUUCUGUAGCUGCAGGACAAGCUCCGAGGUCUCCGAGCGACGGCCCCCAGCCCCAGCGCUCAGAGGCCGGAGCUCCUGAGGAAGAUCCCAGGCUGCGCGCCCGGCGACUCCAUCACCAGGUGCUGACCCUGCAGUGCCAGCUCCGAGACCAGGCGGCUGCCCACAGAGAGCUGCAGGUGUCUCGGGACCAGGCCCUCGACCUCCAGGAGGAGCUCAAGGGCAAGCUUGAAGAACUUCAGAAAAAGCAACAUGAAGCACAUUUGGCUGUGACUCCUCUGAAGGCCAAGAUUGCUUCCCUGGUCCAGAAGUGCCGAGAGAGGAACGGGCUGAUCACACACCUGCUGCAGGAGCUGCACAGACACCAGCCAGCAAACCUCCUGCUGUCCGAGCUGGUGCAGCGCAUGGUGAACGACGUGGCGCUGGCCGAGUACGCAGCUACAUUCCUAGCUCCGGGAGUCUCAGAGACGAGCUACCACCUGGACAUCGAGUCUGAGAGGACAGCAGGGCUAAGAGCUCAGAGAUACCUCUUGAAUCCUGGAGUGGACAGUGUCCUCCAAAGCUCAUUGUGUCCAGAGUCCUGGCCUGUCUCUGAGGCUGAGUACCCAGCACAGACAGCUCACGUGGAUUCUCUGAAGCUUCCCCUGCCCUUGGGGCUCAUGUGUGAUCCUGGACCGUGCCUGGAAGCGGUCACUGUGGAGCCAGGACCCCCUGGACAACAGCUGCAUGAAGAAGGCGGAAUGCCCUGCCCUGACCUGCAGGCCGUGGGCUGCCCUGCACCUGCUGAGCUGCUGAGCCCAGUGAGGAUCCUGGCUUUUCACCAAGAGCUUAGACAAAGCAUUUGCAGCAAUCCCCAGGUUAAUAAAUCACCACUUGAGUUAUAAAUGUAACAGUCCCCUCGUUCUCCGGGGCCAUUUCACAGGCUCCAUAAAUAUUUGAAGCAGAACCUUCUGAGAGUGCUUUAAGAAAUUGGUAGCAAUCAAAGCCCUCAUUUAGUGGCAAGUGGUUUUGCCUUUGGCUUGGGGAUCUGUGUUGGAUGUCAGAGCUUGGGGAAAAUGCUGGACUGUGCCUUGCACAUUCUGAGUAGUUUGGCUUCAGAAAUGUCAAGGUAGCAAAAGAAAUAUUUACUGUACCAAAACCUUUUGAACAAAUAGUCCAGAGGUUCUCGACCAGGCACAGUUUUAGCCCUCAUGGCCAUGUCUGCAGACAUUUUUGGUUGUCACAACUGAGAUACUGCUACUGGGAUCUAGUGGGAAGAGGCCAGGGACGCUGCUGACCUCUGGACACACAGCCCGCCUCCUGUGGUGAAGAAUGAUUUGGCCCACACGUCAACAGUGCUGAGGCCGAGCGCCCAGACCUGACCUAGGAGCUCCUAACAUUGUCAACCGUGGAACAUUUGCGUUAUUCUCCUGCCCCUGGGCACCAACCAUAUUCUGAAAGAUUUUUGUCUACUAAAUGAAAUGCCUAAUUUGAGUAAUUAUAUAUUUUACACUUAAAAACAUUAAAACCAGCCAGAACCUUCUAAUUGGUCCAUUGACUCCACACCUGCCUUAUGCUGAGCAAUGUGGCAAUGUGGUGUGCAGGGGAGAGAGAUGAGUCAAUGCUGGUCCCUGCCCUGGAGACCUCAGGGAACGGGAGAGACACACAUGAAAGAAGAUAGUGCAGAGGCAAGCACAGUAAGCUGGGAAAUAUUUGCAUCCUUCUCAACUGAGCAGCAGAGCAGAGCAGAGAUGACUCACGAUCUGCAGUCCCUUCCAGAGGCCCAGACUACGAGCUGAACAACCAUCUUCCUGUCUCAAGUCAUCCAUGAGGAAUGUUUCUACUUUACAUGAUACCAACCAGGGGACCAAAGAGAUGGCUCUUGACCGUAAGAAGCCCGUAUGUAUUGGCACGGCAUGGUGGCAGGAGCCUGGCUUUGUAGUGCCUCUGCCACUCAUAAGCUGUAUCACCUCGCACAAAUGAAUACUAUCCUUCUUCCAACAUCCACUUCUUCAUCUGCUUGAGGGUCCUGAUGCCCACUUGACAGCUUUGUUCUGGUGAUCCAAUGAGCUGAUGGCUGGGGAAGUGCUCCGAACACUGUAAGGUUCUCCCCACGUCAGGGGCGUUGCUGCGUCUGUAGAAAGCAAUUCCUUCUCUCUCUGCUUCCUGCUGGCUGCUCAGGCAGGCUCUUCUGUGAGGGUUUGAGGCAUUGACAGUCCCACAUAGUUUCCACCUGAGAUAGGGCACCAAGAUGGCAGGACAGUGGUUUUAAAAACCAUCUUAGGAGUCAUCAUGAUGUUAGAAAGCUCCUGCAGAAACUUGGGCUAACAUGGCAUCCCAGCCAUGUGAGCACUUUCAUAGGGAGGGGCCAUGGAGUUCAUCAAAUUCUCAGAAGAGACUGGAAUCCAUAAGGGAUCAGUCACCCUUAGUCCAGGCAGCAAGGACUGUUAGAGACCCGUCCAGGGACCCAACUCUGUCUCCAACUUGACGGUGGCCUUGAGGCUGUCCUUCAGCCUCUAUGGGCCUCUGCUCCUCAUCUAUAAAGUGGGUGUAACCACGCACCUCCCAGCACUUCUCCCAGCCCUAACAUCUGAGGAGUCCAUUGCCCCUCCCUCUUGCCCUACAUGAUGCCCUCCCUUUGCCAAGUUCCCACGGAGGGGCAGGUUCUGAGUCCUUGUUUCCAGCAUAAACAAAGAGCUCCUCAUUUCUAAAAUACUUGUGUCCACGAAUUGCCCCAGCUAACCACAGCACCCUGGAGUACUCCCGGCCUGCAGCCUCGUUCAGCUCCAUUUGCCUGGCAGUUAAAGAGUAUCAACAGGUAGCCGCUGUGAUUGGACAGAGACGCCUUCUCCCUCUGCCAUCUCCCUGUAAACUGCAGGACAGUGAGGCCAGCCGAUUCAGGCAGCAAGGAGGGGGCUGAUGGGGACCUUCGAAGUCUCAGCAUUACCCAAGAAGAUGUAGUAACAAUGGAGCAUCUCUGCGGGGAAACCUCGGAGUCUACCGGCCCUGCUGCUGUGAGACAGAGCUGGGCAGGGAAACCUCGGAGUCCACCGGCCCCUGCUGCUGUGAGACAGAGCUGGGCAGGGAAACCUCGGAGUCCAC